UGAAUCUGACAUUCCCCCAUGUUCCUCUUCACCUCUUACAGUAGGAAAGGACUGACUCCUGCAUUGCCCAUAGCAGAGCCCCCUGUUCCGACAGACAUCCUCAGGCAGCAUCAGUCAGGACACAUGAAAGGGACCUGACAAACGUCUGCCUGAAAGUGGACAAUUUAUUUGGUGAUUUUAAAUGAGAAAUUGAAUUAGUUUUCCUCUGAUACAUUUCUUGUACUUUAUUACUGUCAUCCUCUUCUUUGUUCAGGAUCACAUCACAAAAAAAAGCAGAUGUCCAACAGAACUGCAGUCACUGAGUUCCUCCUGCUUGCAUUUGCAGACACGCAGAAGCUGCAGCUCCUGCACUUCACGCUCUUCCUGGGCAUCUACCUGGCUGCCCUCCUGGGCAACGGCCUCAUCCUCACCGCCAUAGCCUGUGACAACCGCCUCCACACCCCCAUGUACUUCUUCCUUCUCAACCUCGCCCUCCUUGACCUGGGUUACAUCUCCACCACUCUCCCCAAAGCCAUGGCCAAUGCCCUCUGGAACACCAAGGCAAUAUCCUAUCAAGGAUGUGCAGCACAGGUCUUCUUUUUAUUCUUCUUGGUUGGAGCAGAAUAUUCUGUUCUCACCAUCAUGGCCUACGACCGCUACGUUGCCAUCUGCAAGCCCCUGCACUACGGGAGCCUGCUGGGCAGCAGAGCUUGUGCCCAGAUGGCAGCAGCUGCCUGGGGCAGUGGCUUUCUCAUUGCUGUCCUGCACACAGCCACUACAUUUUCCCUGCCCCUCUGCCAAGGCAAUGCUGUGGACCAGUUCUUCUGUGAAGUUCCCCAGAUCCUCAAGCUCUCCUGCUCAGAUGCCUACCUCAGGGAAGUAGGGGCAAUUAUGUUUAGUGGUUUUUUAGUCUUUGGUUGUUUUGUUUUCAUUGUUGUAUCCUACGUUCAGAUCUUCAGGGCAGUGCUGAGGAUGUCCUCUGAGCAGGGUCGGCACAAAGCCUUUUCCACGUGCCUCCCUCACUUGGCCAUAGUCUCCCUGUUUGUCAUCACUGCCAUGUUUGCCUAUAUGAGGCCCCCUUACCUCUCCUCCCAAGCUCUAAAUCUGGUGGUGGCUGUUCUGUACUCCAUGGUGCCUCCAACACUGAACCCCCUCAUCUACAGCAUGAGGAAUAAGGAUCUCAAGGAGGCACUGAGGAUGUUAUUGCAAUAUUAAUUAUUUCAAUGAGGAACCCAUCUUCUGC